AUGGAGGGCCACUUGCAUGGUGAAUGUUGUGGUUGUUCGGUUGCGGAGGGCGCUUUGACUCAGACGAUGUCGGAGAUGGAAUUUGAACGUGGAAUAUGGCAGGCUGCAAUGGACGGUUCUGUUGAUCGUGUUAGGCGGUUGCUGGAAAAUGGAACUCCUCCUAACGUCACAGAUAGUGCGACAUACACCGCUCUGCACUAUGCCAGCCGUAAUGGUCAUUUGCUGGUCGUCGAAUUGCUUCUCAACAAUGGAGCAGCAGUCAAUGUCCAAACGUCGGGAGGAGCCACGCCGUUACACAGAGCCGCAUACUGUGGACACGUUGCUGUUUGUGAGCGAUUGUUAAGAAAAGGAGCCGAUCCUUAUCUCUCCGAUUCAGAUGGCAAAAUCGCACUUCACAAGGCAGCAGAGGGUGGUCACGAAGACAUCGUUUGCCUUCUGUUGGAGACAUCUCGUCUGCCAGAAAUGAGACAAAUAGAAGACAACAGAAUGAAGCGUCCAGUAGACUACAUACCACAACAACAUGCGAACAAACAAGUCUUACUAGAACUUCUGACAUAAUUUCAAUUAUCUCAUUUAGUUACAACAGUUAAGUGAUACGUUGAUAUCAAUUACCCAGUGCAACACGUGAUAAAGUAGGUAACACACGUGAUGGCACAUCGCUUGU